CAAUAUUAACCUAUGAAGACGUGAACGUGAUAGUAGUAGACUGGACUGUAUAUUCAAGGCUGUCAUACUCCAGGGCAGACAGCCAUGUUGCAGAAGUCGCCAUGAAUAUACACCUCUUCAUACGAAUGUUUUCAUUGAAUCUUAAUCUACUUCAUUUGGUUGGCUUUAAUCUUGGCGCUCAUAUUGUUGGACAUACAGGCAGAUUGUACCCAGGCAUAAUCCGAAGAAUUACAGCUUUAGAUCCUUCCAAAUCCAAUAAUAGGCUGCGCAGAACAGACGCCGUUUACGUCGAAGUAAUCCAUACUGACGGGGGUUGUCCUUUAUCAAAUGGGCUUGGAAUAGUAUUGGGAGACUUAGAUUUCUUCCCUAAUGGCGGUACCAAGCAACCGGGAUGCUGGGGCUCAAAUACAUGUGAUCACAACCGAGCAUGGUGGUACUUUGCUGCAUCACAGACACCUGGUACAUUUAUGGCUAGCUGCUGCUCAUCAAAAACCCAGAUGACAUUAAACAAUUGCAGAAGAAAUGGCGAAAUUAAAAUGGGAGGAAAUGAUCUAGCACCGAAAAACGGAUGCCCUAGUGGAAUCCUCCGUAUCGAGACUGGCCGCUCCUAUCCAUUUUAUUAA